AUGAGACCAGGUCCAGCGAAGUGCUACCGCUACAACAAGAACAAGCCGUACCCCAAGACCCGGUACUGCCGCGGUGUGCCGGACCCCAAGAUCAGGAUCUUCGAUGUCGGAAAGAAGAAGAUGCCGUGCGAUGAGUUCCCGGCCACAUGCCACCUGGUGUGCGAUGAGGACCAGCAGCUGACCAGUGAGGCGCUGGAGGCGGCACGCAUUGCGGUGAACAAGUACAUGAUCACAAACGCAGGCCGAGAUUUCUUCCACAUCCGCAUGCGACCUCAUCCCUUCAACGUGCUGCGAAUCAACAAGACCUUGUCUUGUGCUGGUGCCGAUCGCUUGUCAAGCGGCAUGCGAGGAGCUUUCGGCAAGCCGUACGGCACCGCAGCCCGCGUGGACAUUGGCCAGGUGCUGAUUUCUGUGCGAACCAAGGAUGAGAAGAUCAACAUUGCUGUGGAGGCUCUCCGCCGUGCCAAGUUCAAGUUCGCGGGUCGCCAGAAGGUGCACAUCUCGAGCAAGUGGGGCUUCACGCGCUUCACCAGGAAGGAGUACGCCCAGUACAAGGCGCAGGGACGCCUCGUUCCGGAUGGCACGACCGUGAAGUGGCUCUCCAGCCGCGGGCCGCUGUGGCGCCUCAUCGGCCGCCGGGGGGGAAUUCAUUCCGUCGCCGUGCCGCAGCCACGUUGCCCCCCCCCGACAAGUCCGGCGAGUCGGGCCAGCGACGCGCGAGCCAUGGGACGCCGUCCAGCGAAGUGCUACCGCUACAACAAGAACAAGCCGUACCCCAAGACCCGGUACUGCCGCGGUGUGCCGGACCCCAAGAUCAGGAUCUUCGAUGUCGGAAAGAAGAAGAUGCCGUGCGAUGAGUUCCCGGCCACAUGCCACCUGGUGUGCGAUGAGGACCAGCAGCUGACCAGUGAGGCGCUGGAGGCGGCACGCAUUGCGGUGAACAAGUACAUGAUCACAAACGCAGGCCGAGAUUUCUUCCACAUCCGCAUGCGACCUCAUCCCUUCAACGUGCUGCGAAUCAACAAGACCUUGUCUUGUGCUGGUGCCGAUCGCUUGUCAAGCGGCAUGCGAGGAGCUUUCGGCAAGCCGUACGGCACCGCAGCCCGCGUGGACAUUGGCCAGGUGCUGAUUUCUGUGCGAACCAAGGAUGAGAAGAUCAACAUUGCUGUGGAGGCUCUCCGCCGUGCCAAGUUCAAGUUCGCGGGUCGCCAGAAGGUGCACAUCUCGAGCAAGUGGGGCUUCACGCGCUUCACCAGGAAGGAGUACGCCCAGUACAAGGCGCAGGGACGCCUCGUUCCGGAUGGCACGACCGUGAAGUGGCUCUCCAGCCGCGGGCCGCUGUGGCGCCUCAUCGGCCGCGAGAACGCAUGAGUGCCUGCUUUACCCGUGCAGAAUUUUGGUAUUGGCAGACAUCAGAGGCUGUGACCGGCGGCCGUGACACCGUGGCAUGCCUUUGGCGCGGCUUCCACAG